CUUAUUGCAUCUGCAAAACAUCAAUUUCGUCAUUGAGGAUUUCGAUUUCCGGGUUUUGACAGAUGCAAGAGGAUGCUGAGGAUGGCUAAUGUGGAUGGCAACACAGCUUUACAUGAGGCAGUUAGGAACAGCUUCUAUGAGGUUGCCAAAUUGUUGGUUCAAGAAGAUCCUGAGUUUCAUUAUCGCCCCAAUUAUGCUAUGGAGACUCCUCUGUAUCUAGCAGUAGAGAAGGGAUAUCAUGAUAUCGCUGAUCUGAUUUUGGUGACUUGCAAGUCUUCAUCUUAUCUCGGCCCCGGUAACAGAACUGCCCUGCACGCUGCAGCUAUACGGAAUUCGCCAGAAGUGGAACUGAUUAUACAGAAGCUGCCAAAUCUUACAAAGAAAGUCGACAAAUUUGGAUGGAAUGCACUUCAUUAUGCUGCUAAAUUUAAUCAUCAAGGAGUAGUAAGACAAUUAUUGUCUAAAUACAAGUUCAUGGUCUAUGUUACUGCCAAUAAUGACGACUCAAAGACUGCUUUACAUAUUGCGGUGACUCAAGGACAUGUAGCCGUCAUACAAGAGCUUUUAUUGCAUUGCCCAGAUUGUUGGGAAAGGAUCACAUAUAAACGCCAGAACAUCCUUCAUCUUGCUGUAAUAUAUGAACAAAGAGAAGUGCUGGAAUUUUUCUUACAUGCUUUCGACAAUUCCAAUUCUACUGUUCUUGACAACAUACUUCAUAUUUAUGAGCUUACUGGAAGACAGAAGAAUUUAGGAGCAUCAAAAACCGAAGAACCAGAAAAACUGGAAAGUUUGGCUGGGACUUAUUUGAUUGUGGCUACACUGAUUGCAACAGUCACUUUCACGGCAGGUUUUACCAUCCCAGGUGGAUACAAUGAUAGUGACAGUCCAAACAAAGGCCUGGCGGUUCUAGGAAACAAAGCAAUUUUUAUAACAUUUGUUAUUUCAGAUUCCUUAGCAAUAAUGAUCUCCGUUCAUGCAGUCCUCCAUCUAAUUUUACUCUUGCAAAGCAACAACCACAAGUUCAAGUUAGCUAUGCUCCACGGAGGUAGGUCUUCAAUUUUCAUGGCCAUGAUCCUGAUGAUGAUAGCAUUUCUGACGGGCUUGUCUUCUGUGUUACCAAUGUUGCAUAUUUAG